CAGUUGCCAGUGUCAAUAUGUCUAAAUUUAUCUGUGGUGUGGUGUCAAAAUAAAUUCACUUCGCAAUAGUCGGACAAUGGUCAGCAGGUUUAUGGAUUUCAUCUUUAUGCUUAAACAAAUUUGUUUACUAGUCUUUGUUAUUAAAUAAACGUGUUCAUAUUUAUCAAGGUAAAUAAUUUCAUUUUAUAUUAUUUAAUGUCCAGUCCAGUGUGAGUUGUUACACUUUAGAAGUCACAAUGGAGGACCAAGGGAACAGUGAUGAAAAUAUAGUAAACGCAAUUGAUGUUUUAACGAAUAUGUUUGGAAACAUUGUGAGUAAUGAUGUGAUUGUAACUAUUGCUGAAAGCUGCUGCGGCAAUCUUGAUUUGUCAGUGGACGCAAUUAUGAGUAUAACUAGUGAUUCUAAUUCAACCAAAACAAAAUCAGCUGAAAUGCAAGAAGUUGACGAUUAUGCUAGUUUGGAUAUAGCAACAUCGAUGAACAACGAAAAGCCUCCUGAAUUGUCGGUCACUAUUAAUCAAAGAACAAGUGUAGAUGAAGUCCCCAUGUCUUAUGUAUCUGCAGCUCAAACUGCUCAAACACAAUCUAAACAAAUGCCAAAGCCAGAUCGACAAAUAAUGAACCAAAUGAAUUUUUGGACAGACCAAAUUCGUCAAAUUAUCAUGCACCAUAAUAAUGGUGCUAGAAUAAUGGUUAUUAUGAGAGGCCUGCCAGGUAGCGGUAAAUCAUAUUUAGCCAGAAAAAUUAUAGAAAUCAUAAUGGGAUCAGAUCCAAAUAACUUUCACAACCACAUAUUUAGUGCUGAUGAUUUUUUCAUAGUACGGGGCAAAUAUUUUUUUGAUAAAAAUAAAAUAUCUGCUGCGCAUGAGUGGAAUAGUCGGAGAAUCUACUUUGCAUUAAAUAAAGGAUUGAGUCCUAUUAUAGUAGAUAACACUCACACUGAAAUGUGGGAAAUGAAUUUUCCUGUUUACUAUGGUGUACAAUUUGGAUACAUUAUAGAAAUCGUAGAACCAAAUACUCCAUGGAAGUGGAAUACAAACUUGUUGUUUAAAAAGAACACACACCACGUUCCUUUUACCUCUAUUAAAAAAAUGUUGGAUAGAUAUGAAAGAGAUGUUACCACAGAUAUGGCCUUAAAGUUUAGCAACGCAUCAUAUCCCAUCAACUUAACGCCUCCAGUUUUGAGAAAAAUACCUCCUGUAUUAAAUGAAACUAACGUCGUAACAAAUGCAGGUGAAAAUUCUUCGUGGACACAGGCUAACUGUGAUCAACAAGCUCACUCAAAUGCUCGAGAAAAUCAGAAUAAACAUAUAAGUAACUCCGGUGAAAACUGCAGUCACUCAUCUCAACCAAUGAAGGAGAUCAGUGAUGAUAAAAUGGAAUGUACAUCGUACUCUAGUGCAAAAAAUGAUUUUGCUAAUGAAAAUAAUGAACUAAAAUCAUCUAGCCACAACCAAAUGGACGAAUUAGAAAAAGAAAAUACACAAACAUCUGAAGAAAAAAAUUCAAUAAUAUUACAUGAUAAAGCAGUAAACCAAAAUCAACUAAAGGAGGCUGAGAAAUGCUUAAAAGAGAUAGAAGAAGUGGAACAAGAAUGGGAAAAUGGAGAAAUGUGGGAGGACGGUACUAAAAAAAAUAAUAGUAAUGAUAAUUUACCAGCUGUCGAAACUGCCCCUAAACCUCCACGAAAUUCUGUGGAAGCAAAAUCUAAUAAAUUAAUGGAAUCGGUCAAAAAAUGUGAAGAUUGGAGUCGGAUUUCCAUGUACAUGUCACCAUGGCAUGAUGAAACCGAAACAAUCCAAAAUAAUGAUAAGCCUAUUCCUACUGAAAAGAAAACUAGCACCACUUGCGUGGAAAUAGGCGAUACAGACCCAUGUAAAAACAGCUACAAAAUAAUUUCGGCAGUAGCAAGAGAUAUUAAUAGUUCUUAUACUACGACGAGAAAAGAAAAAAUUCCAGACCAGCGUAUGUUAGAUAAAAGCACCAUGACCAAUGAGCAAGUAAUGACAGAUUCUUUCAGGUGUAAAAAUGAAGAAAAGCAUUUUGUUGCAUUCAGGAAGUUAUUUAAAAACAUAAGCAGAGCUGAUUUGCGCGAUGUUUUCGAUAAAUGCUGCGGUGAUGUUAAUUGGGCAGUUGACAUUGUAUUUGAUGGAAUGGCGAGUAAACUUUACGAUGAAAGUGAUGCACAAGAUACUUCUGAUGCAGAAGAAGAUAUAGCCGACGAAUGUGAUUGUUUAGCUGCUUAUAAUAUAAUUCCAGAUAGAGCACAAGCCAUUGAACUGAAUUCCACAGCACCUGAAAGCAAUGAUGAAACCAAAGAAACACGGCCAUUACAACAAAAACGUCCGAAACAAGAAGUUUCUUUGUCAGAAACGGUAUUGCAGUUAAAAAAAGAGAUAGAAAAAAGUGUGAAAAUUUCAGAAGAACAUUAUUCUCCUCAUUUUCUGAGAAUAAGACAAUUGCGGCGUGGUGAAUACUCUACAAAUGAUGAUGUAUUGGCUGUGCCUAGUACAUCCGGUCUUGGGAAUAAUUAUUCAAAUACAGCUGCUACGCCAACUGAGCUAGAAUGUAAAUCUAACGAGAAUGAAGUAUCUUCUAUUAGUGAUGAUGACACAAAUAGCGAAGCGGUUUCUGAAACAUAUGUAACUGUUGACUUGAGCAAGGGCUUAAUUCAAAUCUUAGAUGAACUAUUUGAUAGAAAACAAAUGCAGUAUCCGGAAAACAUUCUACCGGUUGCGAGUAUGCCGAUGUCUUUAAUGAAUGAAAUAAACGCCUUAUGGGUAGAGUCUUUAACUUAUCAAUUAGACCAGCAAUCUGAUCAGGCUUCCUUAAUGUUGAAACAAGAUGCGGAGCUAGCUAGGCAACUGGCUUCAAAAGAAUUGGAGUUUAUACAGGAGGGCAGGGAACCAGUUGUGCCGGAUUUCAAAGAAAUUAUGGAUAUGGAUCUUGCAGUAUCAUUGUAUCAAAAAGAUGUGGCGAAAUGGAAGAAAAAAGAACCACAAGACUUGGCCGCUAAGAUGACAAGAGAAAAACUUUACAACUUGUUCCCGGAAAUUUCUCAAGAUGUUCUAGGAGAAUUACUAAUGGCCCACGAAAAUAAUUUUCAAACCACCGUUGAGGUGCUGCUAAUGUCAAUAGGACGAACAGAUAUUUUGGAGGCCGAAAAUGGAUUAAACAAGUUUGUAAUGGAGAAGGAACUUCAGCGCCAAAAGACUAUACUAGAACAGGAGAGAAAGGCUCUUUCGGAAGAGGAGUGGCCUUUACUGCCAAAAAGCGAAGUGGUCGAAAUGGGAACCGUUCAGUAUUACCGGGAUGAGGCAGAAAUGCAUUUAGAGCAGCGCAACUAUAAUCAUAACAAGGCGCAACACUGUAUCCGUUUGGGGAUGCUGCAAGUAGCCGACUAUUAUAUUGACGCUGCCAAUCUCCAUAAGCAAAAAUACGAAAUCGCCAAAAAUCUCGCCGUUGCUUCACUUAUACAGGUUCACGCCACAAGGAAUCCGGACAGUGCGACCAUAGAUCUUCAUUACCUGCGCGUUCUGGAAGCCAAGGAGUCACUUGACAUCUUUCUGGACACGCAUAUACGCAAGCUGAAAGAGUCGCACGCGCGCGGCGGUUCGCGAUACAACACGCUGUAUUUCAUCACCGGUAGGGGCGCUCACAGCAACGGACGACCGAAGAUAAAGCCCGCCGUGAAGAAGCGUUUGCUUCAACGUGGCCUUGCCUACUCUGAGCGCAAUCCCGGAAUGCUGACGGCCAAAGUAUGCGCGGAUGACAAGCUAUCGUACCAACUUCAGAGUUCCUAGGAUCAGCUUUCUACAACAUUGCCUCUAUUAAAUCAACCGGCGUAUCAUUUGAAUUCUCAAUCACCGCAAUGCCCCGUAUUGAUGUAUCCAUUGAAUUACAACCGACCUCAUUACAUUGUGUACAACGGGUGGUCAAGCGCUGUUUAUUACAAUCCCUAUAUCAAUUAUUUCUUUUUGAACCCUAAUAUGAUGCGACUUCCCCCAAACGCAUACCGUUACGUCUAUGGUGUUUGUUAUGGUAACAGCGUUUACAUGUACGGAGCUUAGACAUGAACACAUUGAAUAUUAAAACGAUUUCAUAGUAAGAUUUAUAUCUUUAUGCUUGAAUUAAUGGUAAGUAAAAGUGUAUAUUUGCUUUCCCCUCAGUUUUUGCUUUAGCAAAGUAAAGCGUAUUUAAAAAUAAAUACAAUUCCGUAAUAUGGAUAAAAGAGAAUACACAUCAUCAUUAGGUAAGUGACGCUCUGUUCUAUUGAGGUAAUUGUUGUAGAAUUAAUAUUUUGAUAUCUUCUAUAUUAAUAUUAAAUACUUUAUUAGUACACGCUCAGUAAAUAGUAAUAUAUAUUAAUGCGUAAGUAGUAUGCAGUAUUUCAUUCUUGCAAGUGUAACAUAGAGACAUUUAGUGGUAGAUUAUUCAUGCCAAAAGACAUAUUGACUUAGUGAGCUUAUUAAUUUAAUAUUGACUUUUGUUUACAGUUUCUAUGCCAUUUACAUAGUAGUAAUGGACGUAAUAAUAAUAAAAAAAUAGUAUUAAGUUUCUAUGUGUAGAACAUUGAGCAUAUUCAAAUUCGUGCCAAAUUGUAACAUCGAUAAAUAUAUCUUGAAUCAAAAGUAAUUAAAAUACUCGUAAGAACCGUUUCAUAAUUAAUUGAAAAAAAAACCAAGUUUCUAGUCUAUACUUAGGUGGUUAGUAAUAUUAAUAUAUUAUUAAAAUGUAGAAGAGUAAAAUAUGAAUAUUUUUAAUGGACAUUGCAUUAGCGUAGAAUAAACUGAAUAACUUUUUGUCUUGUAGAUCAGUAGUAUUUAGUAGUAGUAAAUAGAAACAAAUACAUAUAAAAAGUACCCACUAUUUCCAUAUUAUAGUAAUCAAAUAAUAAAUUUAAAUAAAAUAUAGUAUAUUAUCAAUUUUUGUCUUAUAAGAAUAUGAUAUAUAUUAUCAAUAAAAUAUAUUAAAAACGCUAUGGAGAGAUGAAGACGGAAGAUAUUAGUAGGAUUCUAAGUGUAAUUCUUUAAUUUUAAGAAAAAUAUGUCCCUUGUCCUUCUAGAAUAUUUAUGCCAUGAUAAUAUUGCUCCUCUUUAGUUACCUGUACAAGUUUAGAUGUGUACAUUGCUAUAUAAUUAGUAAUUAAGUAGUAAGGACAUAAAUAUUCGUAUUACGAACGAAUUUAUAAAUUGUGUUACCGUAAAUGAAACAUUAUCAACGACCGUGAAGCUAGACCAAUCUAUUCACCCGCUCGCCUAGCGUUUGAAAUACAAAUAAACGUUACUAUUACAUUGUCUAUGAAAUUCCAUCUUUUUUUCUCUAUGCGCUUUUUAUCUAUGCGUUGGUAGCCUAAGGGGUUAUUCCAGCUUCUCGCGGACGGGUAGGUGAGCUCACGGGCUCAACCUGAAAGAAUUUUCUGUCACUAGCCCUAGCAAGAGCAGUGUUUCGCAGAAUCUAGCGCCGGAUCGGAAUCUCGGCACACUGAGAAGAUCCGGCGAGAAACUCAUUGGGCUGUGGCUAUGUUAUAGUUCGCUCGUCUAACUCUUCGUCGCGAUCGAAGACGAUGAUGGUGACCGGUGCUUGAAGAACCUAAAAGCACCGAGUGUGGAUUCGAGGGAUCUGACAAGCGAUAAUCCAAUCCUUCAGAAUAUGUAAUACAUGUAAUAUAUAAGAGAUAACAAUCAAACAUUUCAACGAUUUCCAUUCUUUGAUGUUAUCUAUUGUGCAAAAAAAUGUAAACGUAAAUUGAGGAAAUCAAUGAACUAUUUGAGGAAAGCGUUAAAAUAAGUGACGCCCGGACUGUUAUUAUGAAAACUUUGAAAGUGAAAUGAAAUUUCCUGAUGACACAUUUAUGACUUUAUUGAUUGGACGUGACUUGGUUUAGAGUCAAUGUCACUAAUAUUGUGACGCAAAUCGGAUAUUAUCGAAGUAAAUUGGCUACACCGCCCUUAUUUAAAUCUCGUGGAGAGAUCCAAUGAACCGGAUUUGAAUUAUAUGGGUUGCCAAUAAGUGAGUGAAAUUAAAAAAACGAAUGACUCGUUUGUUAAUAAUAGGAGCAUGUACUAAACAAGAUAUACACACAUUUUUGAAGGAAUCAAAAGUGAGUAUCAAGAAUAAGCUAUGUUUUAAGCCGGCCUGUAAAAGACGGAAGUAUAACCAGGUGAAACUGAUUAUAAUGAGCUGGCAUUGUUUAUCGUGGACAAUUCGAUUCUAUAUCGAUUUAUGAGAUAAAAAGUUGAAGUUUAUUCGAAAAAUAUGACUAUGAAUAAAAGAAACAAUAAUAUGAAAAGAAAUAUAAUAAGAAAAAAAUAUAGUAAAGAAACAGUUAAUAAAUGGAUGUUUCUUUUAUUAGAUUACUUCACGCAGUUAAUUUUUAUUUGAGAAAUAAAACGUUACUUGUUCGUUGAUCGUUAUCGGCGAUUAAAUUUUAUCUUUCUGAUGAUCCUAUUUAAUGUCUGAGACGCGAUAACAUUACUUUUUGUCUGGUCACACUUCGAUAUUUUAAUAUAAAUUACAGAUUAUUUGCAAAAAAAAUUACAAAUUUCAGUAAAGCGUCGGUAUUCACUGAUUUUCGAAGUGUGUACCAAUUAAGUGGGCAAUUCUUAAUAUUAAAAAACGACUAAUAAGCGUUUUAACUGACUUACAGUUAGGACUAGUUUUUCCGAACGGUUCGAAUUCAGUUGGUUGUAUUCUGUUUAUAAAAAUAAUUGCCCACGUGUGUAUAUAAUAUUAAAUUUAAUCAGAUUUUUCAUACUAUUUGUCUUUAGUAGGAAUUGGUGUUGUGGUAAAAUAUAUACAAAUUGAGGAGUUUUCAAACGAAAAGUCCCUUUUAUAGAGAUAUUUUAUAAUUGAGAAGUACAAUAAAUCGAUAAUAUGAACUACGGUAGUAUUAAAUAUACAAUGUUUGUUAUUAUACAAUUCUAUUAAAAAGGGAUUUAAUAUCGAUUUUAAAGCUCUUCGAUUAAUUUACUUCAUUAAGUUGUCCCGUUUAUCUUUCUUUCAUUUUGAACUUUUAAUAUGGGUUCGUCUGUGAUUUUUACAGGGUGAAAUAUAUCGGACUUAGUUUAAAUUGUACCUCUCGAAACACGAUUAUUAAAAAACCGAAUUUAUUUUCACAUUUUUGUCCAUUUACGACCAAUCAUAUAAAUUAUUUAUCUUUGUACAAUUGGCCUUAUAAAAAAUUAAGCGCAUUGACCUUUUAUCGGCAAAAUAUAUUUUCAUAAAUUUACACUACGAAAUAAAUAAAUAGAUUGUAUUUUAUAUUUUGUAAAAACAAUUUCGUACAAAAAAAAAUUAAAAGAUUUUAUAUUGCUUUUAUGCCGAUUGUACAAAUACGUAUUUUUAUGUUUGAUUUUUAAUCCGUAUUCGUAGUUUUAAGGAUGUGUCGUGUUCAAUGUCGUAUUUAAAAACAAAAACCUUUAAAUCUUAGUCAUGCCAUGAAAUUCCGUACGAACUCCCCGAUACUAGUAGCUCUUAAAAUCGUAAUCAUAUAAUUCAUGGUUAGGUUGUGUUGUGGUCACAUAAAUAUGAGAAGUAAUUUUCUUCGUCUAUUAAAACCGGAAAUCGUCGUUCGGCAUUCGUAAAUAUGAAUUUGGUACAUUAAACAGGGUGUAAUAUUCGAAAUUUUUCGAAUUCAACCGAUUUGGGUAUCUAAAUUUUUUCCUGUAUACAUAAAUUCCCAAAGUUAUAUCACCGUUCUUAAACACCGUGACUAUCCACUAAAUGUUUUUUUUGUUUUGCUAUUCUCUACCUACCUAAUUGAUUUACUUUGAUGCACAAAGCAAUUUCGAUAGAUAUAUUUUUUCCGCUUUGCUGUGUGAUUAUUCAGUAUUCUUUCUUCUCUUGGCGGAAAAUGAAAUUUUCCUGAAUGUCUAGCUACGAUUUCUGAAUAAAAGGUCCAGUGUGCUUAGUUGAGUUUUUUAACGUUCUCGAUAGCGUGAAAGUUAACUCAGCCAAGAACAUUAAGUUUGGAACAGCGCCCCUAGCGGCAAACGUAGGCAAACAAAUUUGAGUCAACUUUUACGCUAUCCAGAAUGUUAAAAAACUCCCACUAGGCACACGGAUCGUAAGAUGUUUUCAAUCAAGGAUAUCUGUUGAAUAGAUUAAAGUAUCGAAGGUAAAAUUCCCAGAUGUAAUAAGCGUUGAAUAAUUAUACAAUGGGUGCUGGUUGUUUGCCUUGUAUGCGGCCUAUAGGUACCGUUGUUAGGUACAGUAAUGUGUAAGAUAAUAAAAUAAAUGUUACAAAUUAUUUAAAUUAUUAAAAAUUGUAACACAAGCCUGAGGUUUCUUCCUGAGGCUUCCUACUAUUUUUGGUAAACUUUCGAUUUAAUUUUGAUUAGAAAUGCUCAAAUGUUUGUGGAAGAUAUAAUAGAAAAAAAAUGUCCAUCAUAUCACAAUGAUAUUGUGCAUCGGUUUUAUCCGGGAAUAACGUAUUAAUUUGUAUUAUUAAAGAAUUAGGCUUUUUGGCCUUCACAAAAAUAUUUACACGUGUACAUUAAUUAUCUAAGUGCACAUAGUAAAUUACUAUUUAAUCUAAAUGUUUAACUUGCAGUAUGAACGAAGAUAUUAUAUGCCAGUGGUUGCUUGCAUUGUGCAUUAUCCACCAAUGUGUACCAACGCUUUUUUUUGAGACGGUAGAAGGUCCUACGGGUCAAUUUAAGGGCACAACGUGAGAUGCAAAAUAAUAAUUUGUUUCAACACUCAAGUGUGAUCACGUAAAACGUAAUAAGGUUUAAAAGAGAAAUAAUGAUCGGGAAAAUGGUGUGUAAUGUGACCGCACAACUCUGUUUGCACUUGGUAGCUUACAAUAGAACUUAAUGUCUGUCAUUGUAUUUGCUUGUAUUGAAUUCUGAAAGAUUUCUAUAAAAACGAAAUUUUGUUACACAACGUAUGUUUUUACAAUCGCCAACGUUUCAGAUUCAAUGUACAUGGAACUCUUUUCAAUUCACAAUAUGAUCUCAGUUUUCUGCGCGACAAAAAAAUGCUUUUGUAGAAUAUAAGCUUUUGGUGUUAGGAUUAAGAUAAUCAAAUAAUAUGCAUGUUAGAUAUAAGAUUCUCCCACCAUAUCGUACAUUAUGUCCGAUUAUUGUUUAGUUUCUUUAAAGGUCAGAUUUUGUUAUAGAAUGUCGGCAGCAGCAGUUUUACAGAAGAGAAAGCUUAAAAAGAAUGUUAGCUUUUUUUUAACAAAAAUGUUUUUAGUUGAUCACUCAAUUUUAAAUGAAUGCUCGCAAACACUGUUGAAGUGAAUUGAUUUGAUUGAAAGAGUACGUAAAACAAAAGAAUAUCGAGAUACGUUUUGCACUCGAUCGGUUUUUUUGGUUAUUAAUGUGAUCGCAGGUUGUGCAGUUAUAUUCGAAUUUUUGCUGGAUAUUCGAUAGAUACUACUCUUCCUCUUCUUCUUGCCUUUACCCAUUGAUGUGAGGUCGGCGCAGCAAGUCCUUUUCUCCAUUCGGCCUAUUGUUUUUUCACUACCUAUGCUGAUAGCCUUUAUAGGCUAUUUCAGCUUCUCCCUGACGUGUAGGUGAGCUCACGGGGCUCGAACCGGGAGUGUUGCUAACACUGGCCCCAGCAAGAGCAGUUCUUCGCAGAAUCUACCACUGGAUCUGAAACGCGACUCACUGAGAAGAUCCGGCGAGAAACUCAGUAGGCUUUCAGCCAAUAAUAAGUCAUCUCUGCACUGACGCCUCGCGCAUAUUCCCUUUCACACAGUCCAUCCAAGUCGUUUAAGACGCCUCUACCUUACAUUGCCGUCUAUUUUUAUACUUAGGUCUUUAUGGCCGACAAGUACUACUAUAAAAUAUGUUUCAAUAUUACGCAGUGUAAUGACGUCAUUCGCAUUCCUUCAGCGGCCUUAAGUUCACAAAUGCGAUGUUCAAAGGGAUCGCGUCGACCCGCACAAACUCCGUUAACUGAUUGUAUUUAAAAUGAUUUCAUUUUAUAUUAGUAUCGAAAGUAGUAUUGACUUUAAAAACAUUUUUGUUUGGAUACCUAUGUAUAUGUAAACAUAAUUUUAUUGUAUUCCAAUGUUUCAUCAAUCGAUCCGUGCUCGACCGAAGCUUGCGUGUAAAUUUAGAGUAAGAAUAUUUUUGUUCAAAAAAAAAACGAAGUUGAUUUUUGAGUAAAAUUAGUUUUAGUUGUUUUAUUAAUUUUAAGUGAAACAAGAUUUCGUCGUAAGUUUUAAGUUGUAUACGCUCAGAGCUGUUUAAUGCCGAAGGCCGUAAGGAAGUUUGGAUUUGUACAAUUGUACAUAAUUGUGUAGGGGUAAUUGUUUGGGAUAGUAGGAAAUGAAAAACGUUGGGUGCUUGGAAAGAACGGUGCAGUGUGAUAUGUUUGAAAAGUUCUUAGCGAACGUUAAAAAAAUAAGGAAAACUUUCGGUCUUGUAAAGGCAUCACUCGAGUACAUACAAACACAUUUAAUUAUAUUAAAUGUUUUAUUUCAGUAUGACGUGUAAACUUGAAACUAUAAAUUUAAUGGUAAAACGGAACAAAAUAAUUGUACCUAUAUUACUUACUUGCGUAUAAUAUGUGUUUUGAAGUUUAUAAAACUUUUUAUUUUAUUUAAAAGACAUGUAGAUUACGUUUUGUAUUAUAUUUUAGUAUUUGAAAACGUAAAACUACAAUAUGAAGAUUUGGACAAUAAAAAUCGUCAUAUCAUAUAGGCGUACGAAGCAGCGAAUUAGAUCGAUGGUUGGAUAAAAGGUAUCCAACGUGAUAUGUGAAGCAGAGGUUCGUGUUUGUAUUAUUUAAGAGGCUUCAUUUGUUUUUGGCAGAGUUAUAUUACUAGGUGAAGUGUAAUAAAAGGGAUGCAGUAUGUUCAAUGUAAUUAACGUCGCGGUGACGUCAUCUUUCGUUGAACCGACCCACAAUUUUGAAAUUCAUUAAAGCAAUUGUGCAAAUAUGUUUAAUUUUUUUUUAUGAUUAUUGUAUUGGGGACUUUUGAAACUAUGCAUAGAAUGUCGUUUUGUUGUAAAGGUCAAAAGAUUAAAGAGAAAUUAUUAAAGAGUAGAGCUGUCAAAGAAAAUGCCAAUAUUGUGAAUAUGAUAAGUUUAUCUACACGAGACGACGUUUAGUUCUUGUACUCUUGUACAGAUGAGGCGGCUUACAAACUUAUCUGAAGAGAUUUAUGUAUCUCCAACAUCGUAUUGCAACUUUCUUUUGCUUGUAGGGCUUACGACGAGGCAACUUAUUGCAGAAGUAGGUACAUGUUAGGCAGUCUAUUGCUCAUAAGAUUAUUUUAAUCCCGUCAAGUCAUAAGCACAGCGCACCUAGUAAUAUGAACACCGUUGCUCUGUCUUUCAUUUAAAUUUGUUUAUUUUGUCUACGAAUACCUACGUCGUAAAAUAUGUGUUUAGCUGUAAGUCGAUGUUAAUUGAUUGUCAAUUAAAAGACAAAUAAAAGAAAAAACUUAUGUGCCAA